AUUGGAAGUUGUUUACUUUCAAAAUCGUUGUACGAACGACGCAGAUAAGAUAAACGACCCGAACUUUGUGUGAUAAGACUUAAUGUUCAGUUGUUAAUUUACCUUUCAACAAUGCAGAUCGAUCCAGCGAGCAAAGGAUUUCUGGCAGUCUUCAUAACUGUGAUUGUCGGCACAAUUGCAUUCUUUAUUGCAUCAAUAUUUUUAGAUUUUGGCAGCAAUUUAGUUGUGCAGGAAAUAAAGUUUGAAAAUUCAAAUUUUCAUGUUGAUAUUAAGCGAUUGGAAAGUGAUAAACGAUAUGUGAUACAAGUGUUUAAUGAUAAAGAAGCAAUUGCUCAAGAAAUUUAUUUUGGAAACGAUUUUGGCGAUAAAACUGUUCAAGUAGAAGCCAUCGACAAUGGCUACAAAAUCUUCACUACUAGUUCCAAUGAAAUGUUUUUAACUAUUGAUAAGGAUGAAAAGAAUUUCGCAUCAUUGAAGGUUAAAAGACGUGUUGAGAGUAAGGAGAAAGUUCUUAAAGACUGCCUGCCAUUGAGUAAUGAUGAAAAAGUCAAUUGGUAUGGUGGACCAGAACAGAAGAAUCAGAAAUAUCCAAUUCAGCAUUUUAGAUUCACAGAUUAUGCUUACAUUACUAAGGAACUUGAUAGUGCUGGAAUUAUGGAACGUUAUUGGUUCUCAUCCAGGAAGUUCUUCAUACUUAUAGACUACGAGACUCCAUUGUUUAUAGACCAAAAUGAGCAUCAAAUCUGCUUUACAGCUAAGAAGGAACUUCCAUAUUAUACCCAUAAUAACGUCUAUGAAUUCAACUACAAAAUCGGUGUAUCAACAAGUAUGAAGGAACUUCAUGUUAGUGUAAUUAAUAAGUACUUAGGAAAGCCAAAAGGUGGAAUGCCAGAUGAAAGACUGAUUAGGUAUCCAAUUUGGAAUACUUGGGUUGAAUUUGGACGAGAAAUAAAUGAAAGCACUGUUGAAGUAUUCGCCCAAACGAUUGUUGAUCAUGGCUAUACUCACAGCUUGAUUGAUAUCGAUGAUUUCUGGGAAGAUUGCUAUGGAUCAGGAAUUGUUAAUACCACAAAUUUUGGUAAUUUGAAGGCUUUAACUUCUAAGCUUAAAAGCCAAGGAUUCAUUGUUGGAAUGUGGACUCAUCCAUUUAUAAAUAAGAACUGUCAGCCUUACUACGAUGAAGCUGUUGCUAAUAACUUCUUAGUCAAAUCUCAUAACGGAAGUACUGAAACAUCUUGGUGGAAUAGUGGAACAAACGAAGCUGCACAUUUUGACUUUGCAAAUCCAGCUGCUUUAAGCUUUUAUCGUCGUAGACUUGAAGCUAUCCAAAGAGAUUUUGGAAUUGAUGUUUUCAAAUUUGAUGCUGGUGAGACUUCUUGGUACCCGACUGACCCAAAGUUUGAAAGAGAUUUGGACAUAAGUCCAUCACAAAUUACAAGAGCUUUCGUUGAAAUGGCUGCAGAUUUUGGAAAUAAACUUGAAAUUAGAGUUGGUUGGGGCACUCAAAAUCUUCAUGUCUUGGUUCGUAUGUUGGACUUUGAUUCUAGAUGGACUGCUGACAAUGGAUUAAAGAGCUUGAUUCCAACUUUAUUCCAGUUUAAUUUCAAUGGAUAUGUUUUCGUCCUUCCUGACAUGAUUGGAGGUAAUCAAUACGGAGCAGAUGUAAUCACUAAAGAACUGUUCAUUCGCUGGCUUCAAGCAAGUACUUUCAUGCCAAGCUUACAAUUUUCACAUGCUCCUUGGCACUUCCAUGAAGACACGAUAGCAAUCACUAAAAAGUUUAUUAAACUACAUGCUGAUCAUGCUGAUUACAUCUUAGAAAGAUUCCAACUUGCAAUUGACAAAGGUGAACCUGUAAAUGUUCCUGUUUGGUGGAUUGAUGAGGAUGAUUAUGAUGCACAGACUAUUGAUGAUCAAUACCUUUUGGGAGACAAGAUUCUUGUGGCACCAGUAAUUAUGGACAAUGCAACAUCAAGAAGAAUCUACAUACCUUCUGGGAAAUGGCAAGAUGGAAAUUCUGUUACGGUUUAUGAAGGAAAGAUGUGGAUUGAAGAUUAUCCUGCACCACUCGACACACUUCCUUACUUUAUAAGAAUUGAGGAAGAUGAGAAACAGUAGACUCAAAGUCUAUAACUAGUUAUACACAAUAUUUGAAUGUCAAAUGUUAAAGCAAUGCCAAUUGUUCAAAAUAAAAUUGUUAAACUUUUAAUUCUGAUCAA